AGCCGCGCCCCUCCGCCGAUGCCCAGCUGCCCAGCUCACUCGCUCACUCACCGCCACCUUGUGUGCGGGGCCUGUCCUCAGGCCCUGCGGAUUGCACACGGCAUCCUAGAGGCUGGCGCCCUCUGGUUACUCCGGGACCCUCCCGCCGUGUCCCCAGGGCAACUGUCUCCAGGGAGACGGAGCCCGCCGACACCCGACAUAUAAGGAGCUGAGAGCCAUGCAGAAGUGGGAUGAAGUUCGCUGAUGGCAAAGCACCUUUAAUCUCCCAGGCAGCCGGGCCUCGGCUCAUUGUCUUUCUUGGCCCAUCCAAAGCAGGAGAACGGGCCUCAGAGAAGUAACGCAACAGGAUGCCCCCUGGGGUGGACUGCCCCAUGGAGUUCUGGACCAAAGAGGAGAACCAGAGCGUGGCUGUUGACUUCUUGCUGCCCACGGGGGUCUACCUGAACUUCCCGGUGUCCCGCAAUGCUAACCUCAGCACCAUCAAGCAGGUGCUAUGGCGUCAUGCACAGUACGAGCCGCUCUUCCACAUGCUCAGUGACCCUGAGGCUUAUGUGUUCACCUGUGUGAACCAGACAGCAGAACAGCAGGAACUGGAAGACGAGCAGCGGAGGCUGUGUGACAUCCAGCCCUUCCUUCCCGUGCUGCGCCUGGUGGCCCGAGAGGGUGACCGAGUGAAGAAGCUCAUCAACUCGCAGAUCAGUCUCCUCAUUGGCAAAGGUCUCCACGAGUUUGACUCCCUUCGGGACCCCGAAGUAAAUGACUUCCGCACUAAGAUGCGACAGUUUUGCGAAGAGGCUGCAGUUCACCGCCAGCAGCUGGGCUGGGAGGAAUGGCUGCAGUAUAGCUUCCCGCUGCAGCUGGAGCCCUCAGCAAGGAGCUGGCGGGCUGGCAUACUGCGCGUCACCAACCGAGCCCUGCUGGUUAAUGUGAAGUUCGAGGGCAGUGAGGAGAGCUUCACCUUCCAGGUAUCCACCAAGGACAUGCCCCUGGCCCUGAUGGCCUGUGCCCUCCGAAAGAAGGCCACAGUGUUCCGGCAGCCUCUGGUGGAACAGCCUGAGGACUAUGCACUACAGGUGAACGGGAGGCACGAGUACCUCUAUGGCAGCUACCCACUCUGCCAGUUCCAGUACAUCUGCAGCUGCCUGCACAGCGGACUAACCCCCCACCUGACCAUGGUCCACUCCUCCUCUAUCCUUGCCAUGCGGGAUGAGCAGAGCAACCCCGCCCCCCAAGUCCAGAAACCUCGCAGCAAACCUCCCCCAAUCCCUGCUAAGAAGCCAUCCUCUGUGUCCCUGUGGUCCCUGGAGCAGCCAUUCUUCAUUGAGCUGAUCGAGGGCAGCAAAGUGAACGCGGAUGAGCGGAUGAAGCUGGUUGUGCAGGCCGGGCUCUUCCAUGGCAACGAGAUGCUCUGCAAGACUGUGUCCAGCUCAGAGGUCAACGUGUGCUCAGAGCCCGUGUGGAAGCAACGACUAGAGUUCGAUAUUAACGUCUGUGACCUGCCGCGCAUGGCUCGCCUCUGCUUUGCUCUCUAUGCCGUCGUGGAGAAGGCUAAGAAGGCGCGCUCUACCAAGAAGAAGUCCAAGAAGGCGGACUGCCCCAUCGCUUGGGUCAACCUCAUGCUGUUUGACUACAAAGACCAACUGAAGACUGGGGAGCGCCGCCUCUACAUGUGGCCCUCUGUCCCAGAUGAGAAAGGAGAGCUGCUGAACCCUGCGGGUACAGUGCGUAGUAACCCCAACACGGAGAGUGCCGCUGCCCUGGUCAUCUAUCUGCCUGAGGUGGCCCCCCACCCUGUAUACUUCCCUGCUCUGGAGAAGAUCCUGGAGCUGGGACGGCACGGGGAGCGCGGGCGCAUCACAGAGGAGGAGCAGCUGCAGCUGCGGGAGAUCCUGGAGCACCGGGUGUCGGGGGAAUUAUACGAACACGAAAAGGACCUAGUGUGGAAGAUGCGACACGAAGUCCAGGAGCACUUCCCUGAGGCGCUGGCCCGCCUGCUGCUGGUCACCAAGUGGAAUAAACAUGAGGACGUGGCCCAGCUGUCCCAGAUGCUCUAUUUGCUGUGCUCCUGGCCCGAGCUGCCUGUGCUGAGCGCCCUGGAACUUCUGGACUUUAGCUUCCCUGAUUGCUACGUUGGCUCCUUCGCCAUCAAGUCCCUGCGGAAGCUGACGGACGACGAGCUUUUCCAGUACCUUCUGCAGCUGGUGCAAGUGCUCAAAUAUGAGUCCUACCUGGACUGCGAGUUGACCAAAUUCUUGCUGGACCGAGCCUUGGCUAACCGCAAGAUCGGCCACUUCCUCUUCUGGCACCUCCGGUCUGAGAUGCAUGUGCCAUCAGUAGCCCUCCGUUUUGGUCUCAUCAUGGAGGCCUACUGUAGAGGCAGCACCCACCACAUGAAGGUGUUGAUGAAGCAGGGGGAAGCACUGAGCAAGCUUAAGGCACUGAAUGACUUUGUGAAGGUGAGUUCUCAGAAGACUACCAAGCCCCAAACCAAGGAGAUGAUGCAUAUGUGCAUGCGCCAGGAGACCUACAUGGAGGCCCUGUCCCACCUGCAGUCUCCGCUCGACCCCAGCACCCUGCUGGAGGAAGUAUGUGUGGAGCAGUGCACCUUCAUGGACUCCAAGAUGAAGCCGCUGUGGAUCAUGUACAGCAGCGAGGAGACGGGCAGUGCUGGCAGCGUGGGCAUCAUCUUUAAGAAUGGGGAUGACCUCCGCCAGGACAUGCUGACUCUGCAGAUGAUCCAGCUCAUGGACGUCCUGUGGAAGCAGGAGGGCCUGGACCUGAGGAUGACCCCUUAUGGCUGCCUCCCCACCGGAGACCGCACAGGCCUCAUUGAGGUGGUCCUCCACUCAGACACCAUUGCCAACAUCCAGCUGAACAAGAGCAACAUGGCGGCCACAGCCGCCUUCAACAAGGACGCCUUACUCAACUGGCUUAAGUCUAAGAACCCAGGGGAGGCCCUGGAUCGGGCCAUCGAGGAAUUCACCCUCUCCUGUGCGGGCUACUGUGUGGCCACGUACGUGCUGGGCAUUGGUGACCGACAUAGUGACAACAUCAUGAUCCGAGAGAGCGGGCAGCUGUUCCAUAUCGAUUUCGGCCACUUUCUGGGCAACUUCAAGACCAAGUUUGGGAUCAACCGUGAGCGUGUCCCCUUCAUUCUCACCUAUGACUUUGUCCAUGUGAUCCAGCAGGGGAAAACUAACAACAGUGAGAAAUUUGAAAGGUUCCGCGGCUACUGUGAAAGAGCCUACACCAUUCUGCGGCGCCACGGGCUGCUCUUCCUCCAUCUCUUUGCCCUGAUGCGUGCAGCAGGUCUGCCUGAACUUAGCUGCUCCAAAGACAUCCAGUAUCUCAAGGACUCUCUGGCGCUAGGGAAGACAGAGGAAGAGGCGCUAAAGCACUUCCGGGUGAAGUUCAACGAAGCUCUACGGGAAAGCUGGAAAACCAAAGUCAACUGGCUGGCGCACAAUGUGUCCAAGGACAACAGGCAGUGAGGGGGCCUCCUGCUCACCACACAGCGGGUCCCUCCUGGCUCUCAGCCCUCAAGGUAAACUGUCGGCGCUGGGGACCAGGCACGCUCAGUGGUCAUCAAAGGGGCCCCAAAGCCUGAACUAUUCCUCGUGGGGAAGGACCACACAACUGCCUCUUGUUUACACUGGUUAUUUAUUUACGACUCAAAAUGUUUAAGGAACAGAACAGCCAUAAACAGAAGUGCAUCUUUGUGCAGGGAGGGAUGCUGUCCUUGUGACACCCCCCCCCCCAAGUCAGCACUGUAAGCAGCACCCUGAGGAUUGUACCCCUAGUCUUCCAACCUGUGGGUCUUGGCCCAGCAAAGACAGUUCUUAGGGCUUCCUUCCCAGGCUCCUAGCAGGCUGCCUGGAUCGAGCCUGGCAGUCACCUGGUGCCUCCUACCCAGACAGGACACCCCAGUCCUCAGCUCACCUCUGCCACCUCUGUGUGGCCCAACCUGGCAACCUCCACCUCCCAAGCCUCCGGCAGCUCCCGAGGAAGCCAGGGCACCCUCCAGACUCAGGCACACUUGCUCUGCACUGCUAAAGUGACCUCUUGGGCAUGGG